CACCCCGUCACCGACCGGAGGACAGAACCACGGAUCUACUCCGCGGAUCGACCAUGUUUUGACACCGGCGGCUUCAUUCAAUGACAGCGAGCGGCCUGACGGGGAAACUUUCGGAGACUCUGGCCGUCGACGGAGCGCUUCUGGCGGCAUGUGAGCGCUGCGUUUUUGGCGCAUGUUCCUCUCCAUUGUGCGCAGCCUUCUCCUGCUUUCUGAGCGGCUGGAAAGCAGAGGAGAAGGAGGAGUAGGAGGGACGUUUUCUCGAGACUGGAUCGCUCUUCUAUGGACGACGGUGGUCCCCUCUCUUCCAGGGCAAAUGCGUUCAGUAUCGUGUCUCUGAUUUGUGCGGCGGAGCGAGCAGGAAACGCGGCGUUGGAUAAACUCAGCAGCGACUUGGAAACGCACGGCUGCUCAAAAAUGCACUACAGCACUGUCACCCGGGAAAUGGAAGCCAUAUCCAGCCCGUGGCUGACGCAGCUGUCCCAUUUUUGCGAUGUUGCAGCCUUCACCACCAGCAGCCUGAGCAGCCUCAACGCUCCGGGGGGCUACCACCUCUCCCCGUCCCCCGGGGACCCCUACAGUCAGCACGAGGCCCACUUCGAGCCCUGCCCGGCCGCCCAGCACAACUACACCUACCCCGGCUCGAACCCGGGCCAGGCCCCGCAGAGCGACGGCGGGACGCCCAACUGCUCCUCGUCCUCUUCCACCCCCAACAGCAAGAGCCUGGUGAAGAAGAACCCCAAAGUGGCCAACAUCAACGUGCAGCUGGAAAUGAAAGCGCUGUGGGACGAGUUUAACCAGCUGGGGACCGAGAUGAUCGUGACUAAAGCUGGACGGCGAAUGUUCCCAACUUUCCAAGUCAAGAUAUUCGGGAUGGAUCCCAUGGCGGACUACAUGCUCCUCAUGGACUUCCUGCCUGUGGACGACAAACGAUACCGAUACGCGUUCCACAGCUCCUCGUGGCUGGUGGCGGGAAAAGCGGACCCCGCCACGCCGGGAAGGGUCCACUACCACCCGGACUCUCCGGCCAAAGGGGCGCAGUGGAUGAAACAGAUCGUCUCCUUCGACAAACUCAAGCUGACCAACAACCUGCUGGACGACAACGGACACAUCAUCCUCAACUCCAUGCACCGCUACCAGCCCAGAUUCCACGUGGUCUACGUGGAUCCACGCAAGGACAGCGAGAAAUACGCGGAGGAGAACUACAAAACCUUUGUGUUCGAGGAGACGCGCUUCACGGCGGUGACGGCUUACCAGAACCACCGGAUCACGCAGUUGAAGAUCGCGAGCAACCCAUUCGCUAAAGGCUUCCGGGACUGUGACCCAGAAGACUGGCCCAGGAAUCACAGGCCCGGCUCGCUGCCGAUCAUGAGCGCCUUCGCCAGAACAAGAAACCCGAUGUCAUCGCCACCGCAGCAGAACGGCUCCGAGAAAGAAGACAGCAGACGUGAAUAUGAGCGCGACCCCAGCGGUACCCCCAUACACGCCGACCCCGCUCACCAGCUGAUGUCCCGGGUCCUGAGCCCGGCCCUGCCAGUCCCAGGAGGCCUUCACGCCGUCCCGCUGACCAGCGGGAGGCCGAGCCCCCCGCACGACCUCCGCUCAGACCCUCACGCUCUCACCCCCGACACGCUUCACCACCACCCGUACAAGUACCCCACCACCUACGAACACUACCUGGGAGCCAAGACCAGGCCCUCACCGUACCCCUUACCCAGCAUCCGAGGACACACGUACCACCACCACAUGAACCCCGCCACAGCCAACAUGUACUCAGCCACCAGUGGACCCUCAAACUAUGACUACGGGCCCAGAUAAUGGUGAGCGGAGGCUUCGUCCGCCAACCUCCAGGGUGCGAUCACAGGCUCCCUCUCAGCCGGAUAAACCCCACAUAUUUAUUUCACGGAAUACGCCGUCACCGGAAGAACGGACACCUGUUCUGAGCCAGGAGAAUGGGCCCGCCUUGACCUUUGACCCUUACACGCGCGGACACUAAAGAAGAAAGCAGCGGAGGGAAGAUGGACAGUUUAUUUGCUCACGGACUGGAACUAUAUUUUUUUUUUUUGUGUUGAAUGCACUUUUUUUUUGGAUUUGCCUUGUUUCUAAUGCUUUUAAAAAAAGCCAUACGUCACGUAGUCCAUCAACCUCCUAGGUCGACGAGAUGUUUGCAUGUUGAGCUCAUCAGUGUCGAAACACUUGAGUGAGAAACGGAGGCGGGGGGAGAAAAAAAACACAUUUUUUUGGAACAUCAUGAGCCGCUCUGAGAAGCUUGUACCAUGGCACUGACUUGCAGCAAUUCAAAGUAAAUAAAUGAAGCAGAAUGACUGUUCUGUAUCUGAAAAUAAACAUUUAAAUCUUGUAAUUGGUGGAGAAGAAUGGGUCUCUGUGCCAAGGGGAGAAAAAGACUUACCUCGCUGAUAACAUUGUUCAGGUUUGUGCGGCCCAGCUUCCUGUUGGAACGUUGAAAUCUGCAGCUGGACCAGGUCGAAAAGAUACA